GCUCACGCUGACGCUCUCCUGUGCCAUGAACUUCAUGAUUUACCCGCACGACACACAAGAAUGCAAACUACAAAUGGAAAGCUUGUCGCACACCACGGAGGACAUGGUGUUCCAGUGGGACCCGGACGUGCCCCUGGUCGUGGACGAGAACAUUGAGCUGCCGCAGCUGCAGCUCAUCAAGAACAACACGGCCGACUGCACGCAGGUGUACUCGACAGGGAACUUCACGUGCCUCGAGGUGGUGUUCGUCCUGAAGCGGCGCCUCGGCUACUACCUGUUCCACACGUACAUCCCGACCUGCCUCAUCGUCAUCAUGUCGUGGGUGUCGUUCUGGAUCAAGCCCGAGGCUGCGCCGGCGCGCGUCACGCUGGGCGUCACCUCGCUGCUCACGCUGUCCACGCAGCACGCCAAGUCGCAGGCCUCGCUGCCGCCCGUGUCCUACCUCAAGGCCGUGGACGCGUUCAUGUCGGCGUGCACCAUGUGA